UUUUGUCGUUUCGAAUUGGCAGGUUGUACCUUGAGUAGUUUGUGGAUGUUGAGUUGUCCUUUGUCAACGUUAGAGGUGGCAUCGUUAGACCUCGAUAAGAACUUUCUGCAUCCAUUCAUGUGUAAUUACAGUAGUAACAGCUGCCACUCACGUGAAAAGCUAUCGGACUGAGAUCUGAGAAUAGGACUUUAUCCCAACGUGAAACUACAGACAUGCCAAAAAACGCGACACUAUCGACAAAAGAAAGCCCCCCACGACGGGGCGCUAUUAAAGGGGUGGACAAGCGGAUGGAGCAGAUGCUAAAGAGCGGUGAUCUGAGUGACGUGGAGUUUUCCGUGGGGCGACAUUUUGGACCAGCGAAAAUCUUCAAAGCACACAAGUUCGUGCUAAGCAGCGGAAGCGAUGUCUUCUAUACUAUGUUUCACGGGAGUUUGCCAGAGAAGGGCAACGAUGUCAUUGAGCUUCCGGACAUUCAUCCUAAAGCAUUCCGAAAUAUGCUGACAUAUAUUUAUGGCGAUGGAGAGGGUAUGACAAAGGCUGAUGUCUUUCCGACGCUGCAAUGCGCCGUCAGCGCCGACAAGUACGAUGUCAGCCUGCUGGCCGACAUCUGCUUCAAUUUUAUAAUGGAGGAUCUCAUCAAGAACGACGAAGAUCCUGAUCGUUUGUUACUGCAUCUUGAAAAUGCGCUGACCUGGGCUGUUGGUUUGGACAGCGUCGUGGAAAACUGUCUCCACUUCGUGGACGUGCACUGUGAGGAAGUCUUCAAGUCGCAACGGUUUACUGAAUUGCAGCCCGCCACGCUGCGCGCUAUUCUGGAACGCGAUACGCUGUUUGCUGAAGAAAGUCUCAUCUGCAUGGCUGCCGAUCGGUGGGCGGUGGCUGCCUGCAUUCGCAACGAUCUGGAGUUUUCACCUGCUAACCGGCGCGAAGUCCUUGGAGAACUGUUUUACCUGAUUCGAUUCCCAGCGAUGACUGACAGUCAAGUGGCUGACUUGGCGGCAGAUUGUGGGCUGUUGGAAGCAUCAGAAUUAUCGGAGUUACGCCAUGAUAAACAGCGCUUCCCGAUGGAACCCCGAACGGCCCCGGUCAUCCGUGUCGGGGAUGUGGAAUUUCAGCACAAGGAAAACGUUUUCGUGCAGAAAUCGCAUUACUGGCGUCCCACUGUUGUAGUCGGUGCACGUGGCUCGCUGGUCUUGUGUUUACGCAACUCAAAUCCAAAGCAAAUGAGCCACAUUCCGCUGGGCGACCUAAUCCGCGCAUCGGAUAUCUUGGCGGCCAAACAACAUGUUGUCUAUCCCGUUCCGGGUUAUGCGAACCGUGUGAGGGAUGCCAGGUACGUGCGAAUGACCGGGGACCAGCACAUCAUUAAGAUGAGCGGUAAAGAAGAAACGGUCAAGUUCAGCCAGAUAUUCUUGAACAUUCUCGAGUGGAAGCGUGGAAGAAGGCUAAGGCUACUACUCCUAGCAGCAAACGCAAGAAUAAGAAUUCGAGAAAGCGUUCACUGGAUGCCGCUGACCUCGCGUGAAUUCUUGACUGUGGCGCUGGAGGCGUCGAAGCUGCUUGGGACGAUAAUUUCUGAUGAUGCUUAUAACAGUACUUCAAUUUUCUAGUGGAUGCGUGGAGCAAGUCCAAAGACGGGAAAGAGCGGAAAUGACAAAGUGCAAGUUUCUCCGAGAGGAAACGUCUACUGGAUACCGGAGCUCUUGGCUUGCGUUGGUGAUUGAUUUUACUGUGUAUAACGAGCUUUGUACUUAUUUCGGCCUAUUUGGUCCAGGAAGUUAUACACCCUACAUGUUGGGGCGGUAUUCACCAGAAGCUGCUUUUAUUGACAGAUCGGAGUGUGAGAAAACCUGUUUUUUCAGCAGUAGGAAACUCAUAAGACUGCGCAUUGGUCACCUCCGUGUCAGAUGAAAGUUAUCACGACAAUUAUUUGUUUCCUUUUCUUAUAAUCCUGUGUUACUUUUGUUGAAGCUUAGCAAAUUUUGCACAGUGUCCGUACUCGUAAGUGGAUAGUUAUAUGUGAUUACAAUUUACAAUAAACUCUGAUGUGUUG